AAGGUUAUCUAUGGCCGCCGGCCAGUCAGUGCAAAUUCGUCUGUUGCUGAAUUCUGUUGUGUGGAAACAUGGCAGGAUCUGUGCUGGACGACUUUUGCGGAUCAACAUUUUGGAACCUAUCGCUGACCUGGGAAACGGACGAUCCGAGAUUUACACCGUGUUUCGAGAAAACCGUCCUCGUUUGGAUACCAUGUCUUUUUCUAUGGCUUUUUUCUGGACUGGAAGUGUACUACAUAACAAACAGUAAAAAGAAAGACAUUCCUUGGAACUGGCUCAAUGUAUCCAAGCUCGCGGUUACCGGUAUCCUUUGUGUAUUGAUGUUGAGUGAUUUUGUUACAAGUUUAAGUAGUUCAAAAACAGAGUUUGUGCCCAGUGUUGAUAUCUACACACCUAUAUUUAAAUUACUUUCAUUCAUACUCUCUGCAGCCUUGUUGUUUUUCAACAAAAAAUAUGGCCUGCGAACCUCAGGUUUGCUGUUCCUCUUCUGGUUCUUCUUGGGACUAUGUGGAGCAAUCCAAUUCAGGUCAGAAAUCAGAAAUGCCAGUACAAAGGAGUACCCUGAGUCGUACUAUUCCUACAUUACUUAUUUGGUCUAUUAUCCCUUGGUCAUAUUGAUGCUGUUGCUGAACUGCUUUGCUGAUAGACCACCUAAAAUUACCAAGUAUCCCAAAACUCAGAACCCAUGUCCAGAAGAAGGUGCCAGUUUCUUAUCCAGGAUGGUCUUCGCCUGGUUCGAUCGCAUGACGUGGCGAGGUUUCAGAAAACCUCUGGAAGCCAAGGACUUGUGGGACAUGAAACCAGAAGAUUCAGCAGCGGAAAUAGUGCCAGUUUUCGAAAAACACUGGAAACACACUGUCUUAAAAAGCGAAGGGGGAACCACACAUGCCAGAGCACAGUUCAAAGGCGACUCAGGUCACAUAGAAUUCGUCCCGGCCAAAAGGAAAGAGGCAUCUAUUUUACCGGCAUUACUUAAAUCCUUUGGCCCUAUGUUUCUGUUCGGAGCUGUUCUAAAACUUGUUCAGGACUUGCUUACCUUUGUCAGUCCACAAAUAUUAGGGUUAAUUAUUAAAUUUGUGAAGGCUCCAGAUUAUUUUUGGCACGGUCCUUUGUACGCCAUACUUCUUUUCGUGACAGCUACGAUUCAAACUGUCUUUUUGGCGCAGUACUUCAACCGGAUGUUCGUGGUGGGCAUGCGCAUUAGAACCGCUUUAGUCUCGACUAUCUACAGGAAAUCUCUGAAAAUCUCGAAUAAAGCUAGAAAAGAAAGAACAGCAGGUGAAAUCGUAAACCUGAUGGCCGUAGAUGCUCAAAAAUUCAUGGACCUCACUGCCUACCUUAACAUGAUCUGGUCAGCACCUCUCCAGAUCUGCCUCUCCAUGUAUUUUCUCUGGAAAGAACUGGGCCCUUCAGUCCUGGCAGGUCUAGCUGUCAUGAUCAUCCUCAUCCCAGUCAACGGCUUCAUUGCCAACAAGUCAAAGAUUCUCCAGAUCAAGCAGAUGAAGAACAAAGACGAGAGAGUGAAGCUGAUGAACGAGGUGUUGAGCGGGAUCAAGGUGUUGAAGCUGUACGCUUGGGAACCCAGUUUCGAGAACCAGGUGUUGAAGAUCAGGGAUAAGGAGAUUCACGUGUUAAAGCAGGCGGCAUAUUUGAACGCUGGGACUUCCUUUAUCUGGUCUUGUGCGCCGUUUUUGGUGUCACUGGUCAGUUUUGCCACUUACGUCAUGGUGGACGAGAACAACGUGCUAGAUGCGAGCAAAGCGUACGUUUCUAUAUCGCUAUUCAAUAUCUUAAGGUUUCCUCUAAGUAUGUUGCCCAUGAUGAUAUCCAAUAUGGUCCAAACAUACGUGUCUGUAAAAAGAAUAAACACUUUCAUGAAUGCCGAUGAACUAGAUCCAAGCAACGUUAGUCAUAGCCCUUCAGAAGAUUAUCCUUUGGUAAUUGAAAAUGGAAACUUCUCAUGGGGUGAAGACCCGAUUUUGAAGAACAUUGACGUGAGACUGUCAAAGAAAUCACUGACAGCUGUCGUAGGGUCUGUCGGUUCCGGAAAAAGCAGUUUAGUAUCGGCUUUUUUGGGUGAAAUGGAUAAAAUAUCUGGAUGGGUAAAUACCGAUGGCAGUAUAGCAUACGUUUCUCAGCAAGCUUGGAUCCAAAACGCCACCCUAAAGGACAACAUUCUUUUUGGCAAAUCUUAUGAUAAGACUCUGUAUGAUAAGGUUAUCGAAGCAUGCGCUCUAAAGCCCGACUUUGAGAUGCUGCCUGGCGGAGACCAGACAGAGAUUGGAGAAAAAGGUAUUAAUUUAUCUGGUGGUCAAAAACAAAGAGUCAGCUUAGCGAGAGCGGUCUACGCAGACGCAGAAAUCUACUUCUUGGACGACCCACUGAGCGCAGUUGACUCACACGUAGGAAAACACAUUUUCGAUGAAGUUCUAGGACCUAAAGGUCUUUUGAAGAACAAGACAAGAGUUUUGGUUACGCACGGUAUCACUUAUUUGCCUCAAACCGACAGUAUUCUGGUUAUUACGAACGGGGAAAUUUCUGAAAGUGGUACCUAUCAGGAAUUGCUGGCUAAGAAGGGUGCUUUUGCUGAUUUCCUCAUGCAGCAUAUCCAGGAACAUAGUGAUAAUGAAGAAGAUGUUUCUUUAAAUACCGAAUCUACUGUGGAAUUGGACGAAAUCAAGUCACAACUGGUAGGAAUUAGUCACCAGUCGUCAGUGGAUGGUCCCAGGCAGAUAGUUAGGCACAGGUCAAGAGUAUCAGAAUCGAUUUCUGAGACUGGAUCAAACACUGGAUUGAACGGGUCAUUGCAAAGACAAAAGUCUGAAGAUAGUGCCAAAGGACGGAAAGGUUCUGCAGAGAAGAAUGGACCAGUCCAAGGUGAAAAACUCAUCGAUGCCGAGAAAUCUGAGACUGGCAGUGUCAGUUGGCAGGUUUACAAACACUACUUGAGUUCGAUUGGUGUGUUUGUUGUCAUAGUAACAGUUUUGUUGAACAUGUGUUUCCAGGCAUUUAGCAUAGGUUCAAACGUAUGGUUGGGUGUAUGGGCUGACGAUCAAGACAUAUAUAUCAACGACACUGUUGACACAGCCAAAAGAGACAUGUACCUAGGUGUAUACGGUGCCUUAGGCAUAGGCCAAGUCGUGGUCAUCUUCUUCGCGGCCUUGGCCCUGUUCGUGGGCUGCUUGAACGCGGCCAGGAAGCUGCAUCUAGCUCUCCUGUCCAACAUCCUGCGCUCGCCGUGUCCAUUAUUUUUCGAUGUGACACCCGUAGGUCGUAUCCUGAACCGGUUCUCCAAGGACGUGGACACUUUGGACACUGUGUUACCCAUGACACUGAGAGGAUGGAUCAAUUGUUUGAUUUCGGUUAUCGGUACACUGGUAGUAACCAGCUUUGCCACGCCCCUUUUCAUUAUAGUAAUCGUCCCCAUCGCCCUCCUCUACUACUUCAUCCAGCGAUUCUACGUCGCAACCUCACGCCAACUGAAACGUCUGGAAUCCGUAUCCAGGUCCCCCAUUUACUCCCACUUUGGAGAGACUGUCAGUGGCGUGCAGGCGAUCCGGGCGUACAAUCAACAGGACCGGUUUAUCAGGGAAUCAGAACAUAAGGUGGACUUGAAUCAAGUUUGUUAUUAUCCUAGUAUAAUAUCGAACAGGUGGUUGGCUGUAAGGUUGGAGAUGAUCGGGAAUCUGAUUAUACUGUUUGCUGCGUUGUUUGCUGUUUUGAGUAAGGACCAGCUGCCUGCUUUGGUUGGGUUGUCUAUCAGCUAUUGUCUACAGAUUACUCAAACGUUGAAUUGGUUGGUUCGUAUGACAUCAGACGUAGAAACCAACAUUGUGGCUGUUGAACGUAUCAAAGAAUACGCAGAAGUACCUCAAGAAGCAGCAUGGGAGAUACCUAAUGAAGUUAUGUCUAAAUCUUGGCCCGAAACAGGUGCGGUAGCAUUCAAGGACUUCUCUAUCAGAUACAGGCCAGGGCUUGAUUUGGUGCUGAAACGUGUCAAUUUCGUGGUUAAGGGAAGCGAAAAAGUCGGUAUAGUUGGCAGGACCGGAGCAGGAAAAUCUACAUUGACAUUGGCAUUGUUCAGAAUCAUCGAAAGCGUAGAAGGCCAAAUCCAGAUUGACGGUGUCAACAUCUCCACCAUCGGCCUCCACACACUCCGUUCCCGUCUCACCAUCAUCCCUCAGGACGCUGUCCUCUUCUCCGGCUCCCUCAGGAUGAACCUGGACCCGUUCGACACCCACAGCGACGAGGAAGUGUGGAGAAGCCUGGAACAAGCCCAUCUAAAAUCAUUCGUCAAAGGCCUUCCAGCCGGAUUGAAUCAUGAAGUCACUGAAGGCGGAGAAAAUCUGUCUGUAGGACAACGACAAUUGAUUUGUCUUGCCAGAGCUUUGCUCAGGAAGACCAAGGUGUUGAUUCUGGACGAAGCAACGGCCGCGGUCGAUCUGGAAACUGACGAUUUAAUCCAGAAAACUAUCAGGACGGAGUUCAGAGAGUGUACUGUGCUGACUAUAGCGCACAGGUUGAACACAAUCAUGGAUUCUGACAGGGUUGUUGUUCUGGAUAAGGGUAGGAUAUCGGAGUUCGAUACACCAGCGAAUCUACUCACGAAUUCGCACAGUAUAUUUUACGGGAUGUGUAAAGAUGCAGGGUUGGUGUAAAGAAAAAAAAAAGGGAAUAGGAAGGUUUGAGUUCAUGAUAUUGUAAA